GGCCACCUAGCUGGAGUACUUCUCUAUAUCUACUACUCGCGCGCAGUCCCCUCCUCACUCGCCAACCCUUCCUCCUCCCCUUCCUCCGCCUCACGCGCCAUUCCUACCGUCCUGGCCUCCACUCCGCCGCAAUUCCAGGAGUAGGUGAUAACAGGUUCUCUAUCGUGGCGCUUAACUGCACUCAUCCUCUAUGGGAUCUGCUGGAACUGAAAGCAACGACACCUUGCUGGGCAAUGGGGUCAUCGGAAUUCUUGCCGAGACUGUUAAUAUGUGGGAGAGGAGGGCACCAUUAACUCCUUCACAUUGUGCCCGUCUUGUGCUAGGAGGUGGCAAGCGCAAAACUGGUGUAAACCGAAUCAUCGUGCAGCCAAGCACAAAGAGGAUCCAUCAUGAUGCUCAGUAUGAGGAUGCUGGAUGUGAGAUUUCAGAAGACCUGUCCGAGUGUGGUCUUAUUGUAGGCAUCAAACAACCAAAGUUGGAGAUGAUUCUUCCAGAUAGAGCAUAUGCAUUCUUCUCUCACACCCACAAGGCUCAGAAAGAAAAUAUGCCACUAUUAGAUAAGAUCCUCGAAGAAAGAGUGUCCUUGUUUGAUUAUGAGCUGAUCGUUGAUGAUGAUGGCAAAAGAUUGCUAGCAUUUGGGAAAUUUGCUGGUAGAGCUGGGCUGAUAGACUUCUUACACGGUCUCGGACAGCGAUAUUUGAGCCUUGGAUACUCCACUCCAUUUCUCUCUCUGGGACAAUCCCAUAUGUAUCCUUCGCUUGCUGCAGCCAAGGCUGCAGUCAUUGCCAUUGGUGAAGAGAUAGCUACAUUUGGACUUCCAUCUGGAAUUUGUCCAAUAGUAUUUGUAUUCACUGGAUCUGGAAAUGUUUCUCAGGGCGCACAAGAGAUAUUCAAGCUAUUACCCCAUACAUUUGUUGAUGCCGAGAAACUUCCUGAGCUCUCUGCGGGCAAGCAUUUGUCUCCACACAAUCAGUCAACCAGGAGAGCGUUCCAGCUAUAUGGAUGUGUUGUCACGUCUAGAGACAUGGUCUCACCCAAGGAUCCCAGCAGAUGUUUCAACAAAGCUGACUAUUAUGCUCAUCCAGAACACUACAGACCUAUUUUUCAUGAAAGGAUUGCUCCAUAUGCAUCUGCCAUUGUGAACUGUAUGUACUGGGAGAGAAGGUUUCCGCGACUAUUGAGCAUUGAUCAGUUACAACAGCUCAUGACUAAUGGGUGCCCUUUGGUUGGUAUUUCUGAUAUAACAUGUGACAUUGGAGGUUCAAUAGAAUUUGUGAACAAGAGUACAUCAAUAGAGAGGCCUUUCUUCCGGUACGAUCCUUCUACUAAUUUAUACCAUGAUGAUAUGGAGGGCGAUGGUGUGAUCUGCUUAGCUGUUGACAUUCUCCCUACAGAGUUUUCUAGGGAGGCCUCCCAGCAUUUUGGAGACAUAUUAUCUAGAUUUGUUAUUAGCUUGGCCUCAUCUAAGGGACUGUUGGAGCUUCCUUCCCACUUGAGAAGAGCUUGCAUUGCAUAUGCUGGCAGGCUCACUCCUCUGUAUGAAUAUAUUCCUCGGAUGAGAAAGACUAUGAUAGAAAUGCCGCCAGCUCCUCUAAAUUCACUGCCUGAUAAGAAGUACACCACCCUGGUAUCUCUCAGUGGCCACCUCUUUGAUAAGUUCCUUAUAAAUGAAGCUCUGGACAUUAUUGAAACAGCUGGAGGUGCUUUUCACUUGGUUAAAUGCGAUGUUGGACAAAGCAUUGACGAUGUGUCAUACUCAGAGCUUGAAGUAGGAGCAGAUGAUACUUCUACGUUGGAUAAAAUUAUCGAUUCCUUGAAUUCUAUAGCUAGUGCACAUCGUGGAGAUCCUAAUGCCACAAGAGAAACGGAAAUAUCUCUCAAAAUAGGAAGAGUCAGCGAAUGCGGAAGUGAUGACAGCAUGGAUGAAGUAGGACCAAAGAUUUUGAUUCUUGGAGCUGGAAGAGUUUGUCGGCCAGCUGCUGAAUUUCUAGCAUCUUAUCAAAACAUCAAUAGCAGCGGUGCUAAUGACUAUAACACUGACCAAGUUCAUGUUGUUGUGGCAUCUCUGUAUCAAAAAGAUGCAGAAGAGACAGUUGAAGGAAUAAAGAACGCAACAGCAGCUCAGCUUGAUGUUUCAGAUAUUGGAAGUCUUUCAAAUCUUGUUUCACAGGUUGAAGUUGUAGUUAGCUUGCUUCCUGCUAGUUUUCAUGCAGCCAUCGCAAGAGUAUGCAUAGAGCUCAAGAAGCACUUGGUCACAGCAAGCUAUGUUGAUGAUUCCAUGUCAAAGUUGGAGCAAGCUGCAGAAGGAGCAGGUGUAACUAUACUCUGCGAAAUGGGUCUUGAUCCUGGCAUAGAUCACAUGAUGGCAAUGAAAAUGAUUGAUGAGGCACAUGCUCAAAAGGGGAAAAUAAAGGCGUUUACAUCUUUCUGCGGUGGACUUCCAUCUCCAGCCGCAGCAAAUAAUCCACUAGCCUAUAAGUUCAGUUGGAGUCCAGCAGGUGCCAUCCGAGCAGGAAAAAAUCCUGCUGUCUACAAAUUUCUUGGAGAGGUUGUCCAUGUAGAUGGUAGUAAAUUAUUUGACUCGGCAAAGAGGCUCAGACUACCGGAGCUUCCAGCUUUUGCUCUGGAACACUUGCCAAAUCGGAAUUCCUUAAUGUAUGGGGAUCUGUAUGGGAUCUCCAAAGAAGCAUCUACUGUAUAUAGGUCCACUCUUCGUUACGAAGGAUUUAGUGAGAUCAUGGCUAUCCUGGGAAAAAUUGGGUUUUUUGAUGCUGCAGAUCAUCCACUGCUACAACAAACUAAUCGCCCAACAUAUAGGGUUUUUCUCAAUGAUCUCCUUAAUGUUAAUAACAUCUCUACAACGACGAGCAAGGGAAAUCCAGAAGUCUCCGGAGGACAGAAUGAUGAACUGAUUUCCAGACUCAUGGCCCUUGGGUAUUGCAAAGAAAAGGAACUAGCUGUCAAGAUAUUCAAAACAAUCAAGUUCUUGGGACUGGAUGAGGAGACAGAGAUACCUAAGGAUUGUUCAAGUGCAUUCAGUGUUAUUUGCCAACGAAUGGAACAGAGGAUGGCAUAUAGCCACAAUGAGCAGGAUAUGGUACUGCUCCACCAUGAAGUCGAGGUGGAGUACUCCGACGGGCGACCCACUGAGAAGCACCAAGCAACGCUGCUGGAGUUUGGAACUGUCGAGAACGACAGGUCCACGACCGCCAUGGCCCUCACCGUCGGGUUACCGGCAGCGAUAGGAGCCCUGCUGUUGCUCCAGAACAAGGUCCAGAAGAGAGGGGUGAUCCGGCCUCUGGAACCUGAAAUCUACAUCCCAGCGCUGGAGAUCUUGGAAGCGUCGGGCAUCAAGCUGAUGGAGAGAGUGGAGACUUAGAGGAUGCGAAUCCACCGAGUAUAUAUGUGUAUAUGCUGCUGCAAGAGAGGCAAUGAGUAAAUAAAUGGAACCAUUCGUCUUUGUUGUAAGUAUGAACUAUAUAUGGUACAGUAUAUGUAAUAUCAGUAUGCGUGUAUAUAUGAACUACCGAAUCAGUUGGGUGA